AGCACCACAUAAUAACAUGAACAACACACACAUAGAUUACACACUCACUACAAGCAGCAACUAGUAAACAAAUAAGCCAUGGCAAUUAGGCACAUUGUUAACAUAGCUCAUGCAUCCCAUCUCAAAUCUUCACCGUCGCUCCUUUUGUUAAGCCGAAGCCUUCCACAUUCAUUGCCUCUACAAGCAUCGUUCAGUUUCUUAAUCUAGCCGAAUUUUCAAGGAAACAUAAUCUAGCUGCAGUGUCCAAGGCCUCCCCAGCAGAUGCCAUUUCACCCCUAGACGAUGACGAGGGAGUUUCUCUAGGGACUAUGAAACUUCCCCCCGACACCGAUGUGGCUAGAUUCGAGACAUUGUUGUUUCAGGUAAUGCACGUCCCAAAAUGCCCUUUUACUUCGAUGCAUAAUCUUGUUUUUGUGUAGGCUAAAAAACAAUAGGUUUGAGAAGUAUUGGUUACUAGGAUAGGUUUUUUCCUUAGUAGUUGGUAUUAGUACUGAGGUGCUGGGUUGAAUGACAAAUGUUUACCUGACCUCCGAACAUUGUAAAUUAAGAGAGAUCAUAGUAUUCAUCGACAAACACUUUCGUAGUGUACAAUAAGUUAAUAACAAUGUGGAAUUGAGACAAGAAUUGUUCUUGUCUGAUGAUUGUUCUUGUUGUUUUCACAACUCUUGCAAUGUUACUGAUUUCAUCUGUCAAAUAAGGAAAAUCAUUUUCCUGGAGCAUAUAUCUAUGACUGGCAGCUAAGUAAUUUUGUCAUCUAUCAAAUGCUAAUGUAGAAUAAAAUUCAUUAUCUCAGCUGACUAAAGUCGCCUUUGUCCGUAUCUAAGUCACUAGAAUUCAUUAAUCAUACGUAAACACUCACGCGCGCACACGUUGCCAUAUAUACAUGUGCACAGUGCGUAAACUUGCAAUAAAAUUUGUCUUGAGUAAUGGAGAAGCUACAUGCAUAUGAUUUCUGUGGUGGUGAUGGUUAUGAUGCUGUAGUUGUUGGCUCCGGAUAUGGAGGUUCCGUUGCUGCUUGUAGGUUGUCCAUGGCAGGUUUUAACGUGUGUUUGUUCGAGAAAGGGCGUAAAUGGGAAGCUAAGGAUUUUCCAUUAGAUAGUUUCAAGAUUUUUUCUGCUGUUAGAUUGGAAAACAAGAGCAUGGGUAUCAACAUCGGCCGUAAAGAUGCGCUGUUUCAGGUACAUGUACAAGACGAUUCUCUUGCUGCGACGGCCUGUGGCUUAGGUGGAGGCUCACUUGUAAAUGCAGGAGUUAUACUACCUACACCAGUUCGUGCACGACGUGAUCCUAGAUGGCCUGAGCCAUGGGAAAAAGACUGGGACAGAUACGAGGCCUUAGUAUCGGAUAUGCUAAAUGUACAGAGUGUUCCAACUGUGUUCCAGAAUUCCAACAUCAUGCAACAAGUGGCCGACAAUGAGUACGAUAAGAGCAUCCACGAGCAAUUAAAACUGAGCAUAAACUUCAGCGUGGAAGAUUCUAGAAAGUUCCAGCAACCAGUAAACUGUCUAGCAUGCGGAAAUUGCCUUGCUGGAUGUCCUUACAAUGCUAAAAACUCUACUGACAAAACUUAUUUGGUCUCAGCCAUUAAAGCAGGAUGCACCAUAAAAACAGAAAGUGAGGUUCAGUAUGUGGUGAGAAACGACGACUAUAUCUACAGUGAAAAAGGAGGCUUCAAAGCUAGAAGCAAACGACGAUGGCUUGUAUUUCUCAAUGAAUUUGACUAUGUGGCAUCUGACAUAGUUAUACUUUCAGCUGGGGUAUUUGGUACAGCAAAAAUACUUUUCCAGUCGCGUUUGAGAGGAUUGUCAACGUCAGAGAAGCUUGGCUCAGGAUUGAGCUGCAAUGGCAGUAAUGUGGCCUACUUGGCUGGAAGCUCAGCCCCUUUAAAUGCUUAUGGGCUAAACGAAACGCAGUUUUCCGGUCUACCUUUUCAAGAGAGACCAGGACCUUCAAUUUCUUCGUCAUAUACUUCAUCGUUGGGGUUCACAAUUCAGAGUGCUGUGAUUCCCGCUGCAUAUCCGCGUUCCCUAUUCAAAGGAAUCACAACUUACAAAUGGCAAUCUAGCAACUGUUUCUUACACGUCGUGAUAGAUGUUUUAAAGCGAGCUGUAGGCUUGAAACGCGGCCAAGAUAUGGUUCUAAAUGUAAUGGGAUAUGAUGACAGCAGUGGACAGCUCACUUUUGAUAAAGAUGCAAAUAGGAUCGAAUUUUGCCCUCCUCGUGAUACUCUGCUUCCGCGCAAGAUUGAAGCUUUCCAAAAACUUGCAAAGAAGCUUGGAGGAACUCUUUUCAUGUCGCGAUACAGGAGCACUUCCGUGCAUCUGUUAGGAGGUUGUAUUGCAGCAUCCGACGCCUCAUCUGGCGUCUGUAAUCCGCACGGUCAAGUUUUUGAUGGCUCGUCUCUAAAAGAGGUGCACGCUGGACUUUAUGUAUGUGACGCCUCCAUAAUACCUUGUUCAGUUGGGAUCAAUCCGUGUCUCACUAUUGCUGCUGCAGCCGAGCAUGUGAGUAGGAAGCUAGUCCAGAAUGGCGCAAAGAAGUAUAUUCGAGAUUUCGGGGAACGAGAGCUCAACUCAAAAAUUAAGAUGGAGACGAGCCGUGAUGACUCAGAAGUUGUGGCGAAAGAAACAAUGAGAGGGCAAGUUGGUGGAAUGCCAUGCACAGCUUAUCUGAAGCUGAGGUUCAAACGUGCACGAGCUGGGAAGUGUCGUUCCCUUCUGCAAGGCGAAGUAGGCGGCCACAUCAUAUGCAAGAGUGUAGAAAUGGAGAAGAUGCAUAUCAUUCAUGGAGAAGUUGAAUUGUGCAAAACAAAUAGCAGAGCACCUUAUACACAGUAUAUGCAUUAUCAUCUCCUCCUUGCAGCUUCAUCUGGUUCAAGAUAUGUUCUUGAAGGGAGAAAGGUAAUGAGCCCUUACUUACUAGCGUUAUACGCAUGGAGAGAGUCGACCACAUUGAAUGUUAAACUCAGUGAUCAAACGGGAGAUAAGAUGACGAAUCUAAAAGGGAAGCUUCACAUUUCUGCGCUAGAGCUUCUGAAAUGCAUGUGCACUCUUGAGGGCAGAAGCAGGAUUAAGUUUUUGUGUCUUUUAACGCGAUCCCUCAUUAGGACUUACAUACUUCAAGUACCGCGAACAAGCCACGAGAGCGUCAAUGCCUCGGAUUCCACUCAAAGACACUGUCCUAGUAGCAAGAUUCAUGAAAUCAAGACAGAAGAUGACUUCAUAAUCAGCUGCCAGCACUGGCGAAGCCACCAAUCACGACGCUCAACGAAACACUAUUAUCCCCUCCUGCUACUCAACGGCUACUCAACUGAAAGCUUUUCCCUACCAACUGAGCCAAAUGAUCUUGUAAGAACUUUUCUACAGGAGGGGCAUGAUGUACUGCUACUACGAACGAGGCUGCACCCCUUGAACGCCUCAAACGACUUCUCUAUUGAAGAUAUUGGCAAAAUAGACAUUCCAGCUGCAAUGCUAAAGAUCGUCGAGCUGUAUGGGGAAUCCAUAAAAGUACACGUUGUUGCACAUUGCGUGGGAGGCUUAGCCAUCCACAUCUCUAUAAUGGGAGGCCAUGUUUCAGCCAAGCACAUUGCCUCUUUGUCUUGUACAAACUCUUCAAUGUUCUUCAAGCUCACGACGUCCGCAUCCAUCAAAAUGUGGCUGCCCCUUAUUCCAAUCUCGAUGAGGAUAAUGGGGAAGAACAAGACGCUGCAUCUCAUACAAACAUCAACCACGAGCAUCAGACAUCGCCUCCUGAAAUCAAUAGCGCACCUAAUCCCGCGCCAGGAAAGAUGCACAUGUGAUGAAUGUGAGGUCUUCUCAGGCAUAUUUGGCAACACAUUCUGGCACGAGAACGUCAGCCACGUGACACAUCAAUGGAUGAACAAGGAGAAUCAGACAAAGCUUCCGAUGGCAGGAUUCUCCCACCUGAGAAAGAUCUGCAAUGCCGGCUUCAUAGUAGAUAGCAGCGGAAACAACACGUAUCUAAUCCACCCCGAGAGAAUGGCGCUGCCAACGCUCUACAUAUCAGGCGAAAGAGUGAUCCUCGUGACUCCAGAAACUUCUUUUCUUGCUAAUAAAUACAUGAAGCUGCAUCAGUCUGGUUAUAGGCAUGAGAGGGUGGUGGUCGACGGCUUCGGCCACUCUGACCUUUUGAUCGGAGAGGAAUCGCAUGAAAAAGUAUUUCCACACAUUCAGAGGCAUAUCGAGUUGGCUGAAGACGAGCAAGAUUCAUUGAGAAACUACGAGGAGGCCGUAGCAUGGAGUGAUGAUCCGUAUAAAGAUGGUGCAGGAUUUGGGAGCUGCAUCAUCAUACUAAUGCUUGUGCUUCUCUUCAUAGCAGGAUUUUAUUGGUAGAUUUGAGAGAUAAGGAGAUUGAGCUGCCAAAUCCGGAACUGAUACGGCUACUAUCACAGAUAAUGAGAUUGAGCCACCAAUUCAAGAACUACGCAGAUCAUACCAGCAUGUUUUGGGAUGAGGAUUGAUUUUUUGUUAUUAUGCAACAUUUCCAUUUAUAGUUUUCUAGCAUGUAAUAAGAACAUGAUUAGAGGAUUAUGAAAUACUCCCUCCAUCACCCAA